CUAAUGUGUCACAGCGCUAGUCAAGACCGUCAAGAACGUCAAGAAAGUAUGUCGUAUGAGUGUAUCGUAAUUCGUGUGCAUUACAAAUAUUCUCCUUCUCUACCUACCACUGCAUUUCUGUGUGUUAACGGCAUUAUGUACAUACAGUAAUUGCCAGAACCUAGUACUAUCAGGCUCUAUUCUUAGAUCUCAAUUUUGUGCAUCAAAAUGUAAUGGAAAUUAUGUGCAUUAUGUUACCAUCCCUGUACCCGCCAAUUAUAUGCGUACUCAUUUCCGUUAUUGUUUGAAAUUACUAUAUAUCGCUUGGUACCCUUAAGGGUUAUGAGAAAUGUCACUUAAGCUAACUGAAGGUGCUAUUUCGGUUAUACUAGCUGGUGGCAAUGUUGAUGAACCAGUUGUGCAGAUUCUGGGCCACAAGAAGCUGGCUGGUACCAACACUGGUUCAGACCGUUUCCGUCUGUUGAUUUCUGAUGGAAGACAUCUAAAUGGCUUCGCAAUGUUGGCUACUCAGCUUAAUAAUCAAGUGACAUCAGGAGAACUAUGUGACUUCACUGUGGUCCAAAUUACACGAUACAUCACAAGCAUGGUGGCAAACUCGGAAAAAGGAGAGAGACGUGUUAUGGUAAUUCUGGAUGUCAAAAUACUGGCUUCGGGAAAUGAAGUUGGGUUCAAACUUGGCAAUCCUAAACCAAUGACUGAUGGUGCUGAAGCAGAAGCUGUUGGUCCACAGCAAGCUGUCCACAACAAAACAGUACAGCCAAAGCCAACAGCAAAUCGGCCAGCCAGCAAUGUAUCAGUGUUGUCAUCUCCAGGAGGCUCUGUAAAUACACAUCCAAUAUCCAGUUUGAGUCCCUACCAGAACAAGUGGGUGAUUAAAGCUCGUGUCACAGCAAAGUCUCCUGUGAGGACCUGGGCAAAUGCACGAGGAGAAGGAAAGCUCUUUUCUAUGGAUUUAAUAGAUGAGACUGGAGAAAUUCGAGCAACAGCAUUCAAAGAACAAUGUGACAAGUUCUUUGACAUGAUUGAGGUUAACAAAGUGUACCUCAUUAGUCGAUGUGUACUGAAGACUGCAAAUAAGAAGUUUACCAACAUUAAGAAUGAUUAUGAGAUGACCUUCACCAGUGACACCCAAGUGAUCCCUUGUAAUGAAGAUACAGCUGGUAUUCCAACACUUACAUUCGAUUUUACACCUAUCAGUGCGUUGGCUGGAUUGGAAAGUAAUGCAAUAGUCGAUGUCAUUGGUGUCUGCAAGAGUUCUGGUGAAGUUCAGACCUUAAUUUCCAGGAACACUAACAAGGAACUGAAGAAACGGGAAGUGAUGAUUGUAGAUCAGUCAAACACAGGUGUUACGCUCACUCUCUGGGGCACUCAAGCAGAGGAUUUUGAGGGCAGCACUAACCCAGUUUUAGCUGCCAAGAAUGUGCGCAUCAAUGAAUAUGGCGGUGGCAAGAGUGUCUCCUUGCUGCAGUCAAGUGUGUUGCAAAUAAAUCCAGACACUCCACAGGCCCAUAAACUUCGUGGUUGGUUUGAUAGUGUAGGUGCAACACAAGAGCAGGAAAACAUUUCAGGUCGCACUGGAGUUGCAGGCAGUGGUUUCUCAGCCAACUGGAUGACUCUGAAGGAAGCUCAGGAGAACCAGUUGGGUUGCGGAGACAAGCCAGACUACUUUACAAGUGUGGCCACCGUGCUCAUAGUGAGAUCAGAAAAUUCGCUCUACAAAGCCUGUCCCACUGAAGACUGUAAUAAGAAGGUCAUUGACCAGAACAAUGGUAUGUACCGGUGUGAAAAGUGCAACCGUGAAUACCCUAACUUCAAAUAUAGGCUGCUGCUUUCUGUGAGUUUGGGAGACUUUUCAGGUAAUCAGUGGGCCACUUGUUUCCAAGACACAGCUGAAAUACUGUUGGGUGUAAAAGCCCAGGAUUUGGGAGACCUGUUCCACGAUGACAGGCAGUUCCAAGAAGUGUUCCACAAGGCAGCAUUUAAGACCUACAUUUUCAGGCUUCGGGCCAAGAUGGAGAACUACCAGGAAGAGAAUCGACUGAAAGUGACAGUGACAGAGGCAAGAUCUCUUGGCACUAUGCAAGAGCACAACGCCAGACUGAUAACAGAAAUAAAGGAAAUGGCUGGCAUUGGUAAUUCUGUGCCGUAUGGUAACUGAAUUCCUUUAACAGUUAUAUUGGUGAAAAAAUAUGGAAGACUUGUCUGUUACAGAAAGAUUAUUUUGAAUCACAUAUUCUGAGUUUUUCAUCAUAUGUAACAAGGAAAAGGCUUAGUUUUAUAAGGAAAUUUACAUCAUAUAACUCAUUGUUUUUCAUAAAUAAAUACAAGAGA